UACAGCUCUACUUUCGUGGCAACAGAAUUUGUUUCAAUAAUUAAUAAAUUAAUUUCCCGGCGCAGGCCAUGCAUGAUUCCGUCAAGAAGUCGACGCACCUGGCCGCCGGUUCCACCAGCACAGCGGAGAAGCUGUGCUUCGACAAGAAUGAGUUUAUGAAGGCCAACUUUUCGGUGGACGAGUUUCUGCACAAGAAUCGCAAUGCACCAAGUCUGGAGCAACUGCGGGACAACCUGGGCCUUUACCUUAAAGGCCUGCGGGCGGCUAUGAUCGAUCUGAUCAACGAGGACUACGCCGACUUUGUGAACCUAAGCGCCAACCUGGUGGGUUUGGAUCAGAACAUAGAGUCCAUACAGCGGCCGCUGGAGCAGUUCCGCAGCGACAUCGAGAGCAUCCACUGUCUGAUCGACGAGAACGUCACCGAGCUGCGGGCCCAGUUGGAGGAGAAGCGCCAGCUGCGGGAGUUUAAGCGGGGCUUGCAGAGCCUGAAGAAAGUCUACGAGACCAUCAGCAAACUCCAGGACCUAAUCGACCGGAAGCUCAGCGGAGAGCAUCCAAUCAAGGCGGUUGACCUGGAGCGAGCUGCUCUGGACCUGAUUCAGUUGAAGUUCCACGAGAAGCACUGCUCCAAGCACUUGAAUGCCGAACAGCAGGGCAAGAUCCAGCAGCUGGAGGAUCAACUGCACCAGCAUCUCCGACGCUUCUUCAAUGACGCCCUUAGCCAGGCCCGCAACUCUGCACCGGAACACUUAGAGCGCUGCCUGCGCAUCUAUAUAACCCUGAAUGCCUGUGGCCAGGCGGAGCGCGUAUUCCGCGAGGAUGUCGUGGCACCCUACAUGACCGGAGUCAUCGGUGAGCAACAGCUGCAGAACUCGCCGCAGGGCCUGGCUGGCAUCUACAGCAAGAUUCUCAACUUUAUAUCGCUUCACAUGACCGAUCUGCUGCGACUUACGCUAUACUCCGACAAGUUUCCCGGCUUUAACUUCGUGGUCAACAGCUACUGGGCCGAUGUGGAGACGCGUCUUGAGCUCCACAUGAACUCUAUAUUUGCACCAGGCAACUCGGAGGUGUUCUAUGUGAAAUAUAAGUGUACCCGUGACUUUCUUGGUAAAAUAGAGGAGUUGUUGACCAGCUCCGGGGAGCAGGCUGUCACUUUCUAUCGCCAGCACAAGCAGACAAAGAGCUUCGAGGCCCGGUGGAAUCUCCCAGUUUACUUUCAAAUAUGCUUUCAGGAAAUUGCUGGUCACUUUGAAGCCAAGUUGGAGCCUGUGCUGCAGGACGACACUUUGAAAAGCAAUCUUGGUGAUAAGGACUACAAAUUAACGCCAUUCAAUGCCGCCAGGGAGGCCAUGUCACGGUGCUGGGCCGAGGGAGUUUACCUGCCGGAAGUGUUUCCCAAGUUCUAUAAGCUUAAUGUGCAGAUAGUUUUGCGCCUCUCCCGAUGGAUCACGGAUGCCAUUGCUGUGUCUAAGGGCAGCAACUUCGCAAAGUCCUACACUCGACACCAGUUGCUUAUUGCCCUGCACGCAGAUAUUCGCAAACUGGACGCUUAUCUGCCGGAGCUACAGCAAUUGAUUGUUCAGUCCGUGCCCGCUGAGCAGCGUACGAAAAUCUUUAACGAUGUUCUAGCCAAAUCCAUGGCCGCACUGGCCGACACGCUGGGCGCUCAUUUGACCAGUAUCCAAAAGACCUUGGUGGAGUUCCUGAUCGGAGAAUGUGAAACGGACAAUGUGCGCCAGGUGAACGAUUUGCCGCGAUUGUAUCGCAAGACCAAUCGAGAGGUUCCCUCCCGCUGCUCCGGCUACGUGGAGCAAAUGCUUCGGCCGCUGAAGGCGUUUGCCCAGCAGAAUGAGUCCCAACUUGGCACACUAGUGGUGGAGCAGAUCUUGUCGGAGGUUGCCAGUCACAUAACCAAAGCGUACUUCAAUGUGGUGAGUGAUGUGCUCACAUCGGUGCAGAAAACUGAAGAGUCCUUACGCCGUCUUCGAAAUGUUAAAAGUGGAGGAUCUGCCUCGCUAUCGGCAGGAAAUUCAGCUGUCAUGUCGGACGAUGAUAAGAUUCGCGUCCAGCUUCGUGUGGAUGUCACAUCCUGGAAGCAGGAGCUCGGCAAACUGAACUUCCAGCCUACGCAGAUCGAUAAGCUGGUCGAGUUAACCAACAUGGUGGAGGACAGCAUCAAGCUAAAGGAUAACAAUGCUUAGACGCUACCAACGAACAGUUAUUAAACACAUACACUUCACUUUAUUUUUUUAAACGAAUUCUAACGAUUCUUUAGGCACAAUGAAUGAUUGUAUUAGGACUACGAAUUGUAUAUAAUAUAUAUAGGCAUAUAUGUUUAUCAUAUAUUUAAAUGCAUUGAA